GCCACUUAGCCAGGAAGUUUUCAAGUAAUUUGUUUCGCGCAUAGUUCGGGAAAGCGAAAGAAAAUAUAUAUUGUCUUGAUUUCAGUUAUUGGAAACCUGAACAAUGGCAGAACAGAUUAUGAGAGCGCAGCAAAGAUCAGCCCAUGAAACCCUUUCAAAACGGGGCAAAACGCAACCAUUUCCCAAAAACGGUUCUAAAUUUGUAGCAUUGUUACGUGUGCCCAUAGAAAUGAACAGACACAUUAAACAUAGCAAUGCUAUUUAGAGCCCUUUUUGGGAAAUGGCUACGUUUUACCCUAUGGACAAACGUAUGUAUUACACAAUUUGGAAUGAGACUGGGUUGGCCCAUGAAGAUAAGGAACUUCAGAAAGUGAGGACUGAAUUUGUGAACAGGGUGAGCACUGAGGUGAUUAAGCAACUCCUGGAUUGCCUUUUGGAUGAUGGUGUGUUGAAUGAUGGGGAGAAAGAGUCGAUACUUGAAGAGAACCACAGCAGAGCGGACAAGGCACGGCAACUCAUUGACAAGGUGAAGAAAAAAGGAGCUGAAGCCAGCAAGAGGAUGAUUGCUCACCUGCAAGACAAAGACAAAACCCUGUACGGUGUGUUGGGUCUGUCUGGUGGCCAGCCUGCUCAGCCAGCUCCAGCAGCUCCUGCAGCUCCAUUAGCUCCAGCAGCUCCAGCAGCUUUAGCAGCUCCACCACCCUCCACCGUAAGAGAGUUCUGGAUGUCCAAAAAGGAUGAUCCAAAGAUCUACCCUGUGACUGAAAGUUCCUUUAAGAGCCGUGUAGCCCUCCUGAUCACUAAUAUAGAGUUUACUGAGGAGAAAAUGAAAAGAAGGGGAGCAGAGAAAGAUGAGGAGAACAUGGAGAAACUGCUCUCUAGCCUGGGAUAUGAGGUGGUGAAAUUCACAAACCUCACUGGACAGGCGAUUGACGACGCUGUAAUUUACUUCACUAAGCAUCCAAAACUAAAACAGGCCGACAGUGUGUUUGUGGUUAUCAUGUCCCAUGGACAGCUGGGGAAGAUUCUUGGGGUUGAAUGGAAAGAGGGCAAGCCAGAUGAAUUUCCAAUCAACAACAUUUUUAAACACUUGGGGUCUAAGAGCUGUCCAGCGCUGAUAGACAAACCAAAGGUCAUCAUCAUACAGGCCUGCAGAGGAGGUGAAAGAGGAAGUGUUCUGGUCAGUGACAGCCCAAACACAGCUGAUGAUGUUCAACAACCGCAGGACUUUGAAGAAGACAAGAUUCAGUUUGUGCACCAGGAAAAAGAUUUCAUUUCCCUUCUCUCCUGCACACCCGACACCGUGUCAUACAGACGACCUGAUCGUGGCUCAAUCCUCAUCCAGUACAUUGUGGAGGUUUUUACCCUGGAAUCUUAUCAGGAACACAUUUAUGAGCUUUUCCAAAAGGUCAUGCAGCAUGUUGAACGCUUCAGGAGCUGUGAUAAACUACAGAUGCCAACUAUUGACAGAUGCACGUUGAUAAAGAACUUCUAUAUCUUUCAAGGCCUCCUAAACAGCAGUCGCUAAUACCAUUACAUGUUCUAGCGGGAUUUGAACCAGUGCAUUUUGGAAAGUGGGUCAGAUGAAAAACAUUUGUCAUAAUCCUUAGUUUGAAUUUUGGGGUUUCCCUGUUUAGUUGCUGUCAUUUAAUUUCAUUCAAUGUGCUUUUAUUUUAAUUUUUUUUAUGUGUCUUGUGGCUGGGGUUAAAGGAGCUGUAGUUCCCAAAGCAGAGCGCAGCAUUUGGUAUUUUAUUUUGGCAAAAGAGCAGCAGCCUGCUAACAUAGAAGCCAGUAAGAGAAACAGACCAGAAAUAGAACAUAAUACAUCAUAUCCUGUCCUAUGGAAGUAAAAAUUCAGUGGGAUUUCACAGCAGCAACGGACCAUUGCAGAAAAGGCUGUGUUUGUUGGAGAGCGUUGUGUAUGUGUUGUUCUGAUUUGCACCCCCCCCCCCCCCACACACACAC